UUUUCUCCAAGGCAGUUUCGUAUUUCUAAAGACAGCAGACACCCGUUGUUGGAAUCAGUUGACUUAGAGUUUAACAGAAGAUGACAUGAAACAUGGAAAAGUGUUUUCACUUUUUAAAACCUCCCCUGAUCUAUAAGCUCCACCUAUUCAGUUCCAGUUUUAAGGAAAUAGAGCACACUAUAGAGCCGCGUUCACAAAUUCUGUUCUUUACAGUCUGACACAGAAACAAAGACCCGCAGUGAACUUUAAACCUAUCUGUUUUUAAACAGCCUCUGUUCUCACUGGUAUGAUGAUGAACCGCUGUGGUCUGCUCACUGAGAGGAAGGAACCAAUUCCUUUGAAGAGCAUUGAAGUGCAGCUGGAGGUGAAAGACCAUGUGGCUACAGUGGUUUCUACUCUGAACUAUGAGAACAAGGAGGAUAAACCAAUAGAGGCUGUGUUUGUCUUCCCUCUGCCUGGAGAUGCUGCUGUGUGUCAUUUCAGUGCUCAGAUUGGUAAGACAGAGAUUGUAGCCGAGGUUAAGGAGAAACAGGAGGCUAAGGAGGAGUAUGAUGAUGCUCUGAGCUCCGGGCAGCAGGCCUUCCUGUUGGAGGAGAGUGAGCACAGUCCAGAUGUCUUCUCUCUGAAGGUGGGCAGUCUGCCUCCAGGAGAGAGCGCCUCCAUCAGGCUGGAAUAUGUCACUGAGUUGGCUGUGCAGGCUGAUGAUGGGCUGAGGUUCUGUCUGCCUGCUGUACUCAACCCUCGAUACCAGCCACAGGGUAGUGAAAGUUCCAGUGUCCAGGUGACCUCAGUUCCAGCCUCUCUGGUUCCCUACAGUCUGUCCUUUUCUGUCCAAGUGUCCUCUCCUCAUGCAAUCUCUAAAGUAGAGUCCAGUUGUUCCCUGGAGCCUCUUCAGUACCUUAACACUGAUCAAACUCAGGCCACGGUCAAGUUGGCUGCAGGACACAAGUUUCACAGAGACAUUGAACUGCUGAUUUAUUACAAAGAUGCCCACCAGCCCACUGCUGUGGUGGAGGCAGGACAGGCUUCUGCCAAACCUGGCUCUCUGAUGGGGGAUCCAGUGGUGAUGGUGAGCUUGUACCCUGAGUUCCCCCAAUCUGUGAUGUCCUCACUUCCCUCUUGCGGAGAGUUUGUGCUCCUGAUGGAUCGAUCAGGAAGUAUGGGCUGUCCCCUGAAUAACAGCAUGAAGCAGGAAACCCGCAUCAGCAGUGCCAGGGACACUCUGCUGCUCCUGUUGAAGAGCUUACCAAUGGGCUGUUACUUCAACAUCUACAGUUUUGGUUCCAGCUUUGAACAUAUCUUUCCUAAGAGCGUGGAGUACAAUGAGAAGACAAUGAAUGAGGCUCUGAAUAAGAUUGAAAAGAUGGAGGCAAACCUUGGCGGAACAGAGAUCCUUCGGCCUCUCCAACACAUUUAUAGCCAGCCCUGCAUUCCUAAACACCCUCGACAGCUGUUUGUUUUCACUGAUGGAGAAGUGGGAAACACCAAAGCAGUUAUUGACCUUGUUAAGAAGAAUUCAGGCUCCCACAGAUGUUUCUCCUUUGGGAUCGGAGAAGGAGCCAGCUCAGCUCUCAUCAACGGGAUGGCCAAAGAGGGAGGAGGUCACGCUCAGUUCAUCACCGGGACUGACAGGAUGCAACCAAAGGUAAUGCAGUCACUCAGGUUUGCUCUGCAGCCUGCGGUGGAGGACGUUUCUGUCUCUUGGGAUUUACCAAAGGGAGUGUCUGCCACCACUCUCUCUCCACCCAUCAAAGCAAUCUUUCAGGGUCAGAGGUCACUGAUUUAUGCUCAACUCACAGGCCAGAGUUCAGAGGCAACAGAGGGCAGCGUGACAGUGAAGUACACCCUGGCAGGUCAUCCCUUCCAGAAUCAGCUGCACUUCGAUUUGAAACCUGCAGAGGACUCUGGAUUAACAGUCCACAGGUUAGCCUCUCGCACUGUGAUUCGCUCCCUGGAGUCGGAGCAGAGGACACAAGGAGGACAGCAGGAUGAAGAAGUGAAGAAGAAGGUAGUGGAGCUCAGUGUCCAAUCAGGAGUGAGCAGCUCUUUGACUGCGUUCAUUGCUGUCAACAAAGCCAGUGGCAAGGCAGUUCAAGGACCACUGGUGCGGAGAAAUAUUCCAACAGCUUAUCGUGGAUGCAUGAUGUCAGGUUCUUCAUUUAAUAGUGUUGUGAUGAAGUGUUCAGCUCCAAAAUUUAGAGGUUCAUCUCGACCACUAGUUUUGGCUUGUUCAGUUCCACAAGGUAAAAUGAUGAUGGGUUCAAAAUCAGGAUUAAGAGCUCCAAAACUAAAAGGGACGGCCCUUAAACUUGAGUCUGAGAAGCUGGACAUUCAGCCCCCGAAAGACCCUCUGCUGCAGCUGGUCUCCCUACAGAAGGCAUCCGGCUUCUGGCAGCUUGAUGCAGAUCUGGCCGCUGUGUUUGGAAAGACCAAAGAGGAGGUGGAGAAGUCAAAGCCAAAAUCGGUCAACAAUGAGGUGUGGGCCUCCAUUCUGGCUCUCAUAUGGCUUCAUGGGUUCAAGAUGGAUGCCAAAGAGGAGUGGGAGCUUCUCACAAUGAAGACUGCUUCAUGGAUCAAGGCUCAGAAUGCUCCAUGUGUACCAGAGUGUGUUGAAGCCGGUAAUACAUUGUUGGGUUGCAGCGUGAAGAAAGAAGUCCUUGGGCUUUGAGGUUUUCCAAACAGGCUUUAGCUUUACUAUGAUUAUAAGCCCUGACAGGAACACUUAGACAGGAAAACAGGAAGAUUGAAGAGAUGUGUCCUAAUAAAAUUCUAUAAAUAUCUUACUGCGUUUAUUAGGUGUUUAAUAUACAGCGGACAACUAAUAAAAUUAUCUCACAUUUUUAUGGAACUGUAUCGCAUAAACUGUCUCAAUCAUACUGUAUCUCAUUCUAACUUUAUUUUAAACGGCUUACUGAGUAGUAAAGUAAUUAAAGAUGAAACGGGCUCAGUUGUA